ACCGCCCUGGUAUGCUGGACUUUAAAGGCAAAGCAAAGUGGGAUGCCUGGAAUGCAUUGAAAGGAAUGUCCAAAGAAGAUGCAAUGAAAGCUUACGUAGCAAAAGUGGAAGAACUAAAGGGCAAAUACGGCAUCUGA